AUGAGAUGUCCGGUUGGCCUAUUGCAGGCAACAGGAAGGGUUGCAAAUGGUGUCCGUAUCCUUGGCUCUAAGGGCGUGGAGCACCUCAUCUCCCAGGGCGAAGAAGAGGUUAGGAAGCGUAUUCAUAUGCUUGAUGAAUAUAAUAAAGCUCUAGUCGAGCAUGUAAAGGCACAGAUGCCUUCUUCUUCGCCUUUGACCAUGGCGACUAUGGCGCAAGAAGUGGUCCGCAGACCAACACCCAUACAAAUGGAAGUCGAUAAGUUCGACGGCAAAGAAGGUGAUAGCCUUAUGCUGUGGUUCCGACAGGUUGAUUUGGCUUUGACUAUAGCCGACAUCAGCUAUGAACUGUACCGUGUUGGCUUUUCCACGGUCAAGUUAGAUGGUUUAGCCAAACUGUGGGCAUUCACAUGCGACCCUCUGCCUGAGGCAGUGACCGUCACGGUCUUCAUGGAGGGCCUCCGAGUUGGCGUUGCCAGAAUGGAAGUCUUCCGGGUAAAUACGUCCUCAUUUGAGGAAGCUGUUGGAGUGGCAUGGAAUGCCGAGACCAACUUUGACAUCGAGUUGACGACGCUGUGCAGCGUCAAGAGGGUUGGUUGCCUCUUCUUCAGUACCCUCUCGUUAGGGAAGCGGGGGCGCUUGGCGCGAUGCGGCUGUCUGCUUUGGAAGAGAAGACACAGAAUGGGAUCGAUAUCCCUCGCUGGUGAACGUGAUGAUCUUGGGUUACCUUGA